AUGUCAACUGAGCCAUACUCGCUAGAGUCUCUGCGCGAGGCCGAGUCGACUUUCAGACGAUGCGAGCAGGGUCGUAUUGCUCUGCCAGAAGUCAAGCAAAGGACACCAACACGCGAUGCUCCGUACCAACAGCACAGGCUCGACCCCUGGGUAGACUUUGACAAGUCCCGCACUCUCCCGAUUCCACCAGAUGUCUUCACCGGCAUCAAGAGCGCAAGUCCCACAGCGACGCAAUCCCUCUUUCCAUCCAUUCGCAGAGCGUGUAUCACUGUCGACAACAAGGUCUACCUUUGGUCCUACCUAGAGGGCCAGGCCGCUUUCGAGUUCUACUGUGUCCCCGAGGACCAGAUCGUCAUUGCCGCCAGUGUCGUGCCAGUACGUCCUGGCGUAUUUGCCGACAUUGUAACCCAUGUUCUUGUCCUCAGCGUCGGUGCGUCCGUUCGAGAAGGCAAGUACAUCAAGAUUCUCGGUCUCUCCUAUACUCAGAAUGGCGACCACUCCAAAGUGGAAGUCCUCGAGGCGGGAAUGGAGGCUAACACCAACGGCGUCGUUCUCGACAACAUCACUGGUACCGAUGGAGGUCGCGUCUUUGCAACCGGCUCCGACAACUGCUGGUACGAACUCGUGUAUCAGAGGGGCGAAGGCUGGUUCUCCAGCAAGUGCUACCUGCGCAACAUCACCAACCCACGCCUCAUAAACCUCAUACCAAACUUUGUCAAGGCAGAGAAGAAACUGCUCUACAUCACCGUGGACAACGCUCGUCAACUUGUCUAUACACUUCGACAAGGCGACUUGAUCGAGGUUUUUAGUCUUCCUAGCAAGGAUCCCUCAUCAGCGCCAGAAAGACGUGGUCAGACGAUUGGCACGUCAGGACAGCAGGGUACACCGCACGCGCGGCACGACGUGGGUACUAUCGUUUGGAUUGGACCCGUCGAGCGCGAGGCUCGUUACAACGUGGUCUUGCUUGCCGUUACAGAUCGUGGCUACCGUAUCUUCCUCGACAACUUCCAGGGCCGCUCUGAGCCUGCCAUCACUGUCCGAGCUCCUCCCGCUCUUCAACAACCACCCGGCGUCGCCGCCCCCUCUACACCCGGCUACCCGCAGCAACAGCAGCAAGUAGUAAUACAGCAACAGGCCAUCACUCGCGCCGUCUCGUCCGUCUUCUAUGCGGGCGACGUCUUCAUGAUGGGCUUCAACUACAACAGUCUCCCCUGCCAGAUUUGCUGCGUCACUCCCGCACUCAAUGCCAAUGCCACCACUACCGGUCCUGUUGAGAAGGCAACCUUCAUCGAUCUUGACCUGGCAUUAAGCACCCCAGUGUUUGCCGAAGCGCCACCAGCACGGCCACUCUCUCCCAUCACCGACAAUGGCGAGCUGGUACGUGCGACAUAUGCUCAGAACCUCAGACCACCACGAAGCUUUCUCGUUCUAGACAACAAUGGCUUGACUGAGCUUGUCGAGCGUCGUCCCGUCGACAUUCUUCGUGGCCUGCUCGAGUCAGGAGCAGCGGUUAACAGUGCCGCCAUGAUGCAGUUUUUCGGUCUCUUCGGGUCUAUCGAGGCUUGCGAGACCGCACUUGCUAUCGCGGCUCACAACUCGCAGGUUGCUGCUCCCCGGGUUACUAUCGGCUCAUCCGGUGGUGUUCCCGCCGGACUUGCUCAGACCGUCUCGGAAGAAGUCAUUGCUCUCGCAUCUCGCGUCUUCUUCAGCCAAUACGGCUCCUGGCCGGCAGACACAACGGUUUCAGCUGCACUCUCAACACCUCGAACAUCGCGUCACGAUGGUCUUGCUCUCUACAUUGCCUGCAUCCUCAAGCGUGUGUGGGAUCGCGUCAUCAUGCCACCUGAGCCUACCAAGCCAGGCGCCAAGCCCGCCGCAGCGCCCAGCAGUGCUCUCACCACGUACCGACCGGGAGGUCUUGCCGCUCCCGCCUCAACAGGCGCCAAGCUACCUCUCCGAAAAGAGGACCUUGAAGACACUCUCCAAGACCUCAUCCCACUUCACAACUUCAUGCAGCAGAGCGGCAAGCUUUUCGGCCUCGGAGGUUCUUCUGCGAGCCGGAGCUUCGUCAACGGUGUCGGCUACGACCAGGAGCGUGCAGCCAAGCUCGAUCAGGAGAGUUUCGGCCGCCUUCAAGCCCUUGUGUCGCGAGCGAUGGAGGCUACCAACUUCAUGCUUUUCUUGAUUGACCAUAGUCUGAAGCCACUGAUCGACGCAUGCUCGGCUGAAGCCAAGGGCGUCAUUGCGAACUUGCGUUUUGGCCAGCUGAUCUCUUCGGAAGAAGGCAAGCGUGCAUCCAGAGAGCUCGUCACCGCUCUGAUCGAAGCACGUAUUGGUGCUCAGGUCAGCAUUGAUGCCGUAGCUGAUGCUCUCCAGGCUCGAUGCGGUAGCUUCUGCUCUGCAGACGAUGUACGACACUACAAGGCGACCGAGUGCAUUCGACGGGCAAAAGAGACCGGCUCAGAGCAAGACAAGAUGGACAAUUUGCGUAUGAGUCAAAAGCUACUUGCGAAAGGUGCCAGCCAGCUGACAGUGGAGAAGCUGCGCGGUAUCUGCGAGGACUACCAUGCGCUCGGAUACGCUACUGGAGCUAUCGGGCUCGCUCUUCAAUGUGCUGCCGAAUGGGACCCAGCAGGAAUUGCUGCAUUGUACUUGGCUGAAGGCAGUCCUGAUGGCCCCGAGCACCGAGCACGACGUGAGGUCGCUGAACGACUUAAGCAAGCCUAUCAGCUCGUUUUGGAAACUUUGCAGCAGCUCGACGAGCGUCUCGACGCCGCCUACAACAUCGAAGCCGACGAAGCGCAAGUGCGACUUGCCAUCAGCACGCGCGACAAGGCCCGCAGCGAAGCCUACGCCCGUGCUGAGGCCUCUCAAGAUGUUCUUUUCCACGAGAGCAUGUACGAGUGGCUGAUCGAGCGCAAGAUGACCGAUCAGCUCCUCUCUAUGCGCACACCUUAUCUCGAACAGUAUCUUGUCAAGCGACCCGCUGGUGCCAAAGGAAGCGACGCGGUCUUCUUACACACUCUUCGCAACCUGCUGUGGCAGUUCUAUGUUCGCCAUGGCGAAUACUUUGCAGCGGCGCAAGUGCUGGACGCCCUUGCUCAUUCGAAGGAGUUCGCUCUCGACUUGAGGGAAAGGAUCGAGUACCUUGCGCUAGCGGUGGGCAAUGCCAAAUCGAUCUCACCAUCGCACGUUGAAGCAAACGACGUGGUGACGUUCCUCUCACAAGCUGAAGACUCGCUUGAAGUAGCACAGAUCCAAGCACGCGUCUUGCAGUCUCUGCAGCAGAUCAACCCGGACGAGCUUGACAACGAACGAUCGGCAUUGCUAGCUGACUCGAUGGAAUGGCUCAACGAGGAGCUGCUGGAUUUGUCGACACUAUACAAGAACUUAGCUGAGCCAUUCGAAUUGUUGGAGGAGCAGCUCGCCAUGAUUGCUUCGGCUGAGCUGAACGAUGUUGGGUUGGUAUCAGAGAUCUGGAUCGCACUCAUCUCCCAGCAGCACGCAAAAGGGAGAGCGGAGGAGGCGUACAAGGCGAUCUCGGCGUUGACUGUAGACCUGUUCACCAGAUUGAACAGGAGCGAAGUUGCUUGUCCGAUCGACAAUGUCUUUGACCUCUUGUUGAGGUACGGCUUCGAGCAGACUCGACCCAACAGUGCUGGGCGGGAAGACAGCAUCCCAGCUGGCUUCGCCCGAAGAUCGGACGAAGAACAUGGAUUUGCCAAGCCAGUCAACAUUCCAGACGGAUGGGCGAGUCAAACAAUGCUUCGCGCUACGGGAGCUGCCGAGCUUAUUCUCGAUAUUCUGGAGUCUGCUCUCGCUACCAGUCCUCAGCCGUGGAAUACGCCGGCAGGGCAAGCGUACUUGCAAGCUGAGCUGGUUGAGUUCGCUCGUACUUGGGUUGAGAUCUCCACUACUUCCGGUGGUGGCAGCGGUACGAUCGUAGCUGCAGGCGGGAAAGGUAUACUAGGUGUAUCAGGCUUUGCAGGUGAUAUUGGAUCACUCACUCCAACGCAGGUGCAGAGGCUGUUUGGGCUGUUCAACUCGCUGAUACUGAAGACUUCGCAAUCGUCGUCUUUGGCCCAGGUCGCUGAUGUGGCAAGGAAGGCGGUAGAUCUUCUCAAACUCUACUAUUAA